AUGAAUAACAACAACACAGAGGAUAGCACAACAGCUUUUGUUAUUAGCAUACACAACAUAUUAAGGUCUUAUAGAGGAGACUUCUGCACUUCUCAGCCUGAAACAGACCCACUGUCCAGCCACUAUCAAACAGGCUUCUGGGCCUAUGACCUAGAAGAACAAAAAGACCAGCCACUGAGGGCUUCGCUCCACGACAAUGAACGCCUCACCAGAAGUGAAACAGAGAAACAGAUUUUAAUUACUGAGAGCACCCAAAGGAGCAGAAGUAAUCGAAUUAGACAUGGAAUGAUGGCCGGACCAAUAGCUAGCACAGCGCAGGAUUCAAACAAAAAAAGGCAGAAUCGAAAGCUCGAAGGACCCCAUCCGCUGCUAAAAGAAGUUGAAGACAACAGGCAGUCUGUGGAUGGGGUUUUAGUGGCUGGGAAACAUAAAAAAAGCCCAGAAAGCAGCCAAAUACGCUCAGCUGACUGUGUUGAAGGGCAAUGGGAGAUGUGGAGUGCACCAGAGAGAUUGCCGAGGGAGAACAGCUUUGAAAAAGUGCAACAAGACUUACGGAAGACUACAAAAGUGAAGUCUUUGUCCAGUCCAAAUGUGGCAGAUUUGGAUGUGUCUGAGAUGGUUUUAGAUGACAUUGAUGAUGAUGAGGAUCUGGGAGAACUCUCCAAAGUGUCCUUUCACCGAACUGUCGUAGAGCACAGCUAUGUAGGCUACCCCAUGGACCAACACACUGCCAUGGAAUUGAAAGCUGUUCUUCUGGGUACCAGCCUAAAUUGUUUCAGUGUUGAAUGGAGAAAUCAGGGUGUCACGUUCUCAGAAACGCAGGACCUGAGAUACGGAAUCGUGCAGAAAAAGGGAGGUCCUUGUGGAGUUUUGGCAUCCUUCCAAGCCUUUGUUCUAAAGAAACUGCUCUUUGAAAACACUGAGAGCAGCAGUAUAGGCCUUCAGAGGUUAAGACCUUCCAAUUCUACCAGAAGAAAAUGUCUUGUUUUAUCGGCGGCGGAAAUACUUUGGCGGGCUGGCGAGGAAAAACAAGCCACAGUUGCAAUAAAUUCAGGAAGGAAUCAUUUCACCCCGGCAAGACACUACAAAUCUGAAGGAGUGCUUGAAAAGGUAUAG